CUCCGCAGCCAAAGGAGGGAGAGUAAAAGUAGACCCGGCCAACUGAGCGGCUAUAUAAAGCGGGCGCCGCGGCGGCGCUGCCUUUUCAGUGGAGGACAGCGGUGGUCAUCGGAACAUGUCAGGCGGCUCCGCGGAUUAUAGCAGAGACCAUGGCCCCGAGGGAAUGGACCCUGACGGUGUCAUUGAGAGCAAUUGGAAUGAAAUUGUUGACAAUUUUGAUGAUAUGAACUUAAAAGAAUCCCUCCUCAGGGGUAUUUAUGCUUAUGGGUUUGAGAAGCCUUCGGCUAUUCAGCAGCGUGCUAUUAUUCCAUGUAUCAAAGGGUAUGAUGUGAUUGCUCAAGCUCAGUCAGGUACUGGCAAGACAGCCACAUUUGCUAUUUCCAUCCUGCAACAGUUGGAGAUUGAUCUCAAGGAGACCCAAGCACUAGUAUUGGCCCCUACCAGAGAACUGGCUCAACAGAUCCAAAAAGUUAUUCUGGCUCUUGGAGAUUAUAUGGGUGCAACUUGCCAUGCUUGCAUUGGUGGCACAAAUGUUCGAAAUGAGAUGCAGAAGCUGCAGGCAGAGGCUCCCCAUAUUGUGGUGGGAACUCCUGGACGUGUAUUUGACAUGUUAAACAGGCGCUAUCUGUCACCUAAAUGGAUCAAAAUGUUUGUCUUGGAUGAAGCAGAUGAAAUGUUGAGCCGGGGAUUUAAGGAUCAAAUCUAUGAAAUUUUUCAGAAGUUGAGCACAAACAUUCAGGUUGUGUUGCUUUCUGCCACUAUGCCAAUGGAUGUGUUGGAAGUGACCAAAAAGUUCAUGAGAGAUCCUAUUCGUAUUUUAGUGAAGAAAGAGGAAUUGACCCUUGAGGGUAUCAAACAAUUCUACAUUAAUGUGGAGAGAGAGGAAUGGAAGCUGGAUACUCUCUGUGAUUUGUAUGAAACCUUGACCAUUACCCAGGCUGUUAUUUUCCUUAAUACGAGGAGGAAAGUAGACUGGCUUACAGAGAAAAUGCAUGCAAGGGACUUCACUGUCUCUGCUCUGCAUGGUGACAUGGACCAGAAGGAGAGAGAUGUUAUCAUGAGAGAGUUUAGAUCAGGAUCAAGCCGUGUCUUGAUCACUACUGACUUGUUGGCUCGUGGUAUUGAUGUACAACAAGUAUCGUUGGUUAUAAAUUAUGACCUGCCAACCAAUCGUGAAAACUACAUUCACAGGAUUGGCCGAGGUGGUCGUUUUGGCAGGAAAGGUGUGGCUAUAAACUUUGUCACUGAGGAGGACAAGCGGAUCCUUCGGGAUAUUGAGACUUUCUACAAUACUACAGUGGAGGAAAUGCCAAUGAAUGUGGCUGACCUCAUUUAAUCCCUGGGAUGAGAUGUUGUUGGAAUGCAGUGCUCGCUGUUGCUGACUAGGCGAUCCACAACGUGCAUUGUGCUUCUUUCUUGAGGGAUACAUUGAAUCUUGUCUCAAUGCUCAUUACGGAUCAGAAAUACAGAUUUUUGAUAAGCGAAGCGACAUUUUGUCGUGAGCUUUUGUGGGGAGAGCCUUUGGCUUUCUCCUCUUUAGAGUUUAGACUGUUGGGGUUGGGUGGAAAGUCAUGGGGACUGUAAAUUUUUUCUUUAUUAGAAAUUUAUUUCCUAGUUCUGUAGAAGUGGUUGUGCUAGAUGUUCUUUAUCAUUUAAUAAUUUACUUAUGGACUAAAAGGUAUAAGUGCUGUAUAAAAUCAGCCAAUUAUGUUAAACUGGCAUAUCUACCUUUAUUGUAUGUUAUAGUUCUAUAUUACUAGUCUAAUUUGGAAAAGCCUUUCAAAAUGACUAAACUUUUAUAAGAGCAUUAAAAUGCAUUUUUUGGUUUGGUAUGUAUUUAUUGAAUAAAGUAUUUAAUUAGUGUUAAGUGUGAUCUGGACCCUAUUGCUAAAACCCCAGCAAGCAAUCAUUACUAUUGUCUUAGGGUCAAACCCAUUAAAAUUGCCAUAUUGCACAUGUCUUAAUGAAGUUUGAAUGUUCAAUAAAAUACUUAUAUAUAUUCAA